AGUGCUGCCUCGGGAGAAGCGGAGUCAGCCAGCAGGGAAUCGGAGCGAUGGCGGAAGCGGCGGCCGAGAAAGCUUAUUACAGAUUCCUUGUGCUUUUCUUCAACUGUCUCUUGACCUUUGGUUCCUACUUCUGUUUUGACAUUCCCAGUGUCUUGCAAGAACAGUUUCAAGGGAAUCUAACCUGCCCCAAUGGAACUCAACACAAUGGCACAGAACAUAACGCAACAACUGAAUGUGUGGAAGGGCUUGGAAUGACUCCUGAAGAAUACAAUCUUCUGUAUGCCAUCUAUGCCUGGACUAAUGCACUGGUGGUGAUUGUGGCUGGCUUCCUGAUUGACAAACUUGGAAACCGCUGUAAGUUUGGAGGAGCUGAAAUGUUUAUUUAA